AUGGGUUGUGGCGGAUCCAAAGCCGCGCAGGUCAGUCUCGUUAAAGUGCAACAGAUUGAAGAUCGCCCGGGGGCGAGUCACACCGACCCAUGGGCUGGUGCCAAGCUCCAGACGGUGACGCAGCCGAGCGAGCCCGGAAAAGCUAUUCCUGAACCCCGCGUCACAACGAUGACGACUACUGGUAAUGGACUAAAGACACCGUGCAAAACUCCCGCUCCAAAGACUCCUGGGCCGCCACCGAAAUCCCCAGCUCCGCAGAAUCCCUUCGAAGAACCUUCUGGGUCGAAGCAACCUUCAGCUGUUCCUUCAAAAGCGCCCUCAGCGGUGCCCACUCCGGUUCCCCCGAAAGAAGAGCAAAAACUGAGCAAUUGA